CUGCUUCACCGACUGACUAACAAAGAACAAGUGAGGUUGCAGGGUGUGGCUCAGGAAUUCUCCACAGACCUCUCUCUCUCUCGCUCGCUCGCGUUCUUUCACUCACUAUCUUUGUCUUUUAAAUAAGCGUCGGGUUUUUAACUCUGUGAUUAUACUACUCUGGGAAGCGUCGGGUUUUUAACUCUGUGACUAGACUACUCUGGGAAGCGUCGGGGUUUUAACUCUGUCACUAGACUACUCUGGGAAGCGUCGGGGUUUUAACUCUAUGACUAGACUACUCUGGGAAGCGUCGGGGUUUUUAACUCUGUGACUAGACUACUCUGGGAAGCGUCAGGGUUUUUAACUCUGUGACUAGACUACUCUGGGAAGCGUCGGGGUUUUAACUCUGUGACUAGACUACUCUGGGAAGCGUCAGGGUUUUUAACUCUGUGACUAGACUACUCUGGGAAGCGUCGGGUUUUUAACUCUGUGACUAGACUACUCUGGGAAGCGUCGGGGUUUUAACUCUGUGACUAGACUACUCUGGGAAGCGUCGGGUUUUUAACUCUGUGACUAGACUUCUCGGGGAUAUUUUCUCUCCACCACCAAACCUGUGUUGUAUUUUACCAUGGGAGUCGUAGGAGGAUUCAAAUGCAUCAAAUACCUGAUGUUCAUGUUCAACUUCCUCUUCUGGCUGGCAGGAACAGGAGUGUUGGCUGUAGGGCUGUGGCUGCGUUUUGACUCUCGGACUGAGGGACUGUUCAGUGGAGAGGACUCUCCUGUUGUCUUCUUCACCGGUGUGUACAUUCUGAUCGCUGCUGGGGCCUUGAUGAUGGUUGUUGGGUUCCUGGGCUGCUGUGGAGCCAUCAAGGAAUCCCCCUGCAUGCUCGGGCUGUUCUUCUUCUCCCUGUUGUUAAUCUUUGGGGCGGAGGUAGCAGCAGGGAUCUGGGGCCUCUCCAAUAAAGAUACGGUGGUGGAAGACAUCACAGAGUUCUACAAGCAGACUUACACUAACUACAUGAGCACCAAGCAGGAGGCCUUGAAGGAGACAUUACGCCUUAUACACUUUGGACUGAACUGCUGCGGCCUGACAGGCACGAUGAUUGACAGCGCCAGGGAGACCUGCCCAAAGAAGGAAGGACUGGAGGCUCUGAUUACCACGAGUUGUCCAACGGCCAUUGACGAGGUGUUCAACUCUAAACUCCAUAUCAUUGGAGGAGUGGGCAUCGGAAUUGGAGUCCUCAUGAUCUUUGGGAUGAUCUUCAGCAUGCUGCUGUGCUGCGCCAUCAGAAGGUCUCGUGACAUCAUGUAGACCCGGACUCUGCCCUUCCGUGCACUUAACUUAUCUGUGUGUCUGUCCUCAAUUGAUGUUAAACGCUCACUAGGUUUGUACUGCCAUUAGGAUUAGGGUUAGUUAGCAUUUUCAGCCAGCCAGCCAGUCAGCCAGCCAGCCAGCCAGCCAGCCAGCCAGCCAGUUAGUCAGCCAGCCAGCCAGCCAGUCAGUCAGUUAGUCAGCCAGUCAGCCAGCCAGUCAGUCAGUUAGUCAGCCAGUCAGCCAGCCAGUCAGCCAGUCAGCCAGCCAGCCAGUUAGUCAGCCAGUCAGUCAGUCAGUUAGUCAGCCAGCCAGCCAGCCAGUCAGCCAGUCAGCCAGUUAGUCAGCCAGUCAGUCAGUCAGCCAGUCAGCCAGCCAGUCAGUUAGUCAGCCAGUCAGCCAGUCAGCCAGCCAGCCAGUCAGCCAGCCAGCCAGCCAGCCAGUCAGCCAGCCAGUCAGCCAGUUAGUCAGCCAGCCAGCCAGCCUGCCAGCCAGCCAGCCAGCCAGCCAGCCAGCCAGUAAAGCUCUACCCUGGAUGGAAACUCAGUCUCCUGUGAAAGUGUGGAGCUGUACUGAGGUUUCAGGCUGUGUAACAUUAAUGUACUGUGAUCAGUGUAUCGUUUCAUCACUGAUAGAACCAAAACGCCUUAAAAUCUUGCAGAAUGUAAUCUGUUGUAUUUGCUUUAGAAACCUGACUAUGUUCCUCCUCAUAUUGCCUGUUUGUUCAGCGACAUGGACUGUAACAACUUUACGGCAGAGUACAGAUUUUAUAAAAUUUUUACUGCAACUAUUUUGAUGAACAAAAGUUGUGUAUUUUCUUUGAAUUGCCAAAUAAAAUAAAGUAAUAUGGAUGUUG